AAGACAAGUCGUCAUUAAUAUAUCCGAAGGCACCCACCCGGUGUAUUUCUUUGCUAAACUUAAUCAAGCGUAGACCUACAUCUCAGUGCAGUCCUACCAAGGAGAUAUCUCCUUGGUCCUACUAACUGUCACCUAUAAACGAUGAACCACUGCUGAAAUGUAUUAGUAUUUGAUAUAAUAUAACCAUCGCAUGCAAUUUGCAACAUUGUAAUUUAAUGGUGAUCUAAAAAUAGUUCUUCAUUUGCUAUAUCAUUGUCGUGACUCUCCCCGGUGAGUGUCAUGUUUGCGUAUAUGGCUCCAGGCUUUCACCGUUUUACGGCAUUGGACUUGCUUUUCAGACAACACUAGGGAGAGGUUGCCAGGGCAAAAACUAUCCUAGUCAUUGGUACUAAAGCGAUGUCCGUACUAAUUAGAAAUACAUUAUUUUCGGAUGCUCAAUAAAGGAAAGCGAGAAUGAAACCACCAACAGUAGCCAACGACAGGGCUUGUUUCAUAAGCACACAAACGGCAAUGAGAUGAACUCGUUAGGAUUGGCGCUGGUAUCAUUUUCAUGCUAUAUUAAAAUCAUGGACAUUCAUUGAUCUUUAUGCACGGAGACUAUAUGACACGGAUCUAUACCCGAGGAUGACUAUAGGCCUGUUCGCAUCCAUCGCAUGCAAGCUGACCCGAUGACAGGUGAUCGUAUAGGAAACGAGAAUAUUAAAUUUAAUUUGAUGACUUCGCAGGGAUAAUAAAUAUUGUCAUUAGCUACGACUGAUAGUUCACAAUAUAAACUGACACACCCAUGGACGCCAUUACGAUACAGUGUGACGGUCUCCGGAUAAGUAAAGAAGACCGAAUCGGAAAAUCCGACAUGAAUAACAUUGAAACCGCCAAUGACUUCUUCGUAGACGUCAAACCAGAGCACCACUGCAUCGAAGUGGACAAUGAUGUCGAAGACAUGGAUGCUUCGUCGUCAAGUUCGGAUGACUCGAUCACAAAGGAAAUUGUGUCUGAUAGAGUGACGACGAUGACGACGACAACGACGAUGAUGACGGAGAAGGCUGAACUGCCGUCGCAGACUUGGAAUGUUUCAAGCUCGAGAGGGGAAUCGCCAAAUAGGGAAGAUGUUAGAUGCAAGUGUAAGAAAGAGCCAAUUCGUACAAAGAGAUUAAAAUGCACAUCUUCUUGUGACGAAACAAAGCCGACGUGUAGAAGAAAACCGAGAAAGGAAAGAAACAAGGGAGAUAACCCGGUGUAUUCAGAUAUAAUCCGAUGUCAGAUCUGUGGCGAUAAAGCAUCCGGCAUGCAUUAUGGUGUCUAUUCGUGUGAAGGAUGUAAGGGAUUUUUCAGGCGAACGCAGCGAUUGAAGAUUGACUAUAAACCUUGUCCAUACUGGGGGCAACCCGAUGGUUGUAUCGUCAACAUAGGUACAAGGAACAAGUGCCAAUACUGCAGAUACCAAAAAUGUCUUGUACUUGGGAUGUCCUCUGCAGCCGUUCGGAUGGGACGUGUUCCGAAGCAAGAAGUCCUGAAACUCAAAGAGGAGCUGGACGAAAAGGACAAUGUCUUACAUGAAACAGAAGAUCAGAAGGCACAUCGGACAUUCGUCGAUUCGCUUACGGAGCAGUUCAAUGCUAUCGUCUGUGGUACGACACAGCAGGACCUGGAUAAAUUCUGGAAGCGAUGUUCAAGGCCUUUUACUGCUCACAUGCCUUCGGGUACCUAUGUUAUUGAAGGGAUGCAACUGGACAAAGACGGCCCACCUCGGGAGAUCACCAGCCGGGCUGAAAUGGCUCAGCAGUGCUUCGUCAGUAUGGAAGUCAUCAUCGAGAAGUUCGCUACAUUUUCCAAACAGCUUCCCGAGUUCCGACGGCUGUCCUCCGCGGACCAACUGACACUGUUCAAGGGGGCUGCCUUGGAGGUGUGCGCCACUUUAAACUCCAGUAGGUACUACCAUGGUGUCUACAGGUUCCCAGAGAUCAACACGUACAUUCGAAGAGACGUGGCGGAGAAUUCCCCCUUUGGGAAGGUGACCCCAUACACGACAGAGAUGGUGUUCUAUGAGAUGUUCAACGAUCUCGGCUUGACGGACAAAGAGAAGGCUAUAUUCUGCACAUUCCUUCUUUACACUCCAGAUCGAGAAGGUCUCGUAGACAGAGAGGUAGUGGAGCAUCAUCAGGAACACCUUGCACAAACCCUAUACCGGGAGGUCAAGAAGAACCAUCAAGGUAACGUCUAUGCCAAGCUCAUGGAUGUUGCUGUAGCCCUCCGCUCCUUGGUCCCAGACCACGUUGAGCGGUUGAAACAGAUCAAGAUGCGAUGCAAUGGUCACCUGCCGGCAGAGCUUAGUCCACUGCUUAACGAGGUUUACGGGAGUAUAGUAUGGCUGCAGACAGACGAAGAAAUGCCUUCGAAUUCCAUGCCAGCAGGAACAACCGGAACAGGCAACCCACUGUGAUCAUUGAGACUUUGAUACUUUCUAGAUUUACACUGACGUAAUAUUAAAUGUAGAGUGAAGAUACUUGACACCCAAACAGCGCCCCUUCCAAUUUCUGACAAGGUGGUUAGCAGUGAUAUUGCACCAGUUCCAAGUUUUGACGCCAGUACUAGCUAGAUAUUACACUUUUAAGUGGUCUUUCCUUUCCCCCUUCUUCCUUAUUAUUCCUCACCUCAAGAUUCCGUUGCGCCAGAGGCAUAUAGCACCCUGCCCCCAUAGAAAUGCCACUUGAUAUAACGAAUUUAACAGUUUAGACAUUAUAAUUCCUUGCUGUCUGUUCAAUAAUAGAAUUGAUGAUAUGGGUGGCGUGCAGAUAUGGAAACCAUUGGAUACUCCAGCGAGUGAAAGGACAGAGCCAAAUCGUUUGGUAUUUUUCAUUAUGUUGUAAUAGAUUUGACAAAAAUGACCAACAUUUUAACGUUUGUUAAAUUUGUAUGACCAUAAAUUAUGUGCCCUGUCUCAUAAUUUGCACGUACAACGUCACCUUUAGUCUUUCGUCUACCUUUAUAGAGAUACAUAUUGAUGCCUUCACUGUAUCUCACGUUACAUGCUGGGUCAAAAGACACGUGCAAUCAAAAGACUUACCUGUGACUGAAAUAAUUCCUCUCGUAAAGUGAGAGCAUGAAUGACCGGGGAUUCUUUCUACAAAGAAGUUUGAUUAAUCCAAUCAGUCUCAAAUAUGGAAAGCCAGUGAUACCAACAUCUAGAAUGUACCUAAUGCUGGUGAGACCACUGCUUGAGUACGCAUCAGCAGCUUGGGACCAAUCCACCGAGGUAAACAUCCAAUCAUGAGAAAGAGUUCAACGACUAGCCGCCAGAUUUUGUACCGGUGACUAUCGUAGGGAAGAGGGCUCUGUCACUCACUAAAGCACUAAGAGUUCUUGGUCAGACCAGAAGAAGAAACCAGUGACUCUGAAUGCUGUAUAAGAUGAAUAGCGGACUGGUCAAUAACAGAAUACAGGAUCUACAAGGGGGAGACAAUCAAACUUGCAACCCGGUUCGCCACGAGCGUUUUUUCAGGAUUCUUUGUUCGUGAACACUGUAAGGAACUGGAACAACCUCCCCUUCUCAAUUGGUAGUAGCCAUUUUCUGGAAACACAUUCAAUUCAAGACUAAAACAGCUUCAAUCAGUCAUUCUACAGACACACGUUGCAAGACUUGGUCCAUCAAGUUAGCGUUGAUGUGUCAUCAAGAGACAUUUUCUUGACUCACUUGUUCAGAUUCAGAUACAUGCUCUGUUAAGUCAUGUCCUUGAAAUAUGACCGAAUGCUUGUGCAUUGUGAUUGUUUUGGUCCAUCAGUAUCGCAGUAUGACCCUUAUACAAUGGGAUGAGUGUAUACCUUUUGAAUGAUGACGUUGCUGGCUUUCCAUAAAUGGAAUUGAUUGGAUCGAUCAAUCACACCCCUUUGUGAGACGAACCCUAGUAAUGCAUGAAGAAAUCAUCAUUUUAGUGUGUGCGUGAAGUUCAUCAUUGCAAAUUGAAAUGGCUUCAUAAGAAAUAAUACACAGAGCAAUUUGAGUGAUUACACAUUUUCUAUUUCAGCUUUAUGCUGAAAUUGUAAUGAUAUUAUAUAAUGAUGCAUUGUCUAUAGAAAGAUUCAUUACAGAUAAUUCCUUAAUAGGGGUUUGUGAAAUAACCAAUACGUUGGUGAGAUUGUGUCCGACCCCCCCCCAAAAAAAAUAAAAAAAAAAAAUAAAAAAAACCUAAUCAAAAUCAACCUAUAAUUUAACCAUUAAAAUUUAUAGAUUUUUUUACUAUUUGUUCCUUGCCUACACAUCGGUUACUUAGGUCAGUUCCUUUUCGAAAUAUUUUAUAUGUUUUUUUGUAAUAUCAUCGUUAUCAUAUUCAUGAAGAACAAACAUUUUACAAUUAUGACAUUCCAUCCUCACUUUAUUAUGAGGAUAAUUGAUGUAUAAAGUUUUGUCUGCGUUGGCGUUUUCUUGGGUUAUUUGGAGUUCUAUUCUAUUUAAUUUAUCUUUUAAAUUUUUAUGUGUUAUGACGUACCAAUUACACAAUUCGUGUUUCAAUAUUAAGCACACAUAAAAGCAACAACGCACAAAAAUCCUCCCAGCAUUUCACAGUUUGAAGUAUUUUAUAGUUCUACUAAUACCCCAAUAUAAUUUGGAUGUUUAUUGAAUACCAUAUGGGCAAAUAAAUGUGUGAAAAGAUGAGCUGUUGGAAGGUACACCAUUGCAUGGCUAACAAAACAGACCAAAGUAUUAAAAAAAGCACAUAGUGUGCUCUCUUUUAAAAACAAUUAAAAUUUCAAAGGAGGAUGAUUUGCACAAUGUUUUAAGAAUUUUCAUUUUCUUUAGAAAGAAAUUUACCUUUUUUGCAGAGGGGGAGAAAGAAAGAAAUAAAGAAAGAGAGGGAGAGGGGGGGGGGGAGAAAUAAAUAUAUCUACUGGAAGACUUAUCUAUAUUACAUACAUUUUUAUUACUUUUUGAAAGUCAAAGUUCCUAUUAUUUAUUAUUUUCUUACAAGGGACUCACUCCUAACGGAAAAAUAAAUCAUAAAUAAUUCAGUUUUCUGAAUCUGAAUUUCUAAAUUGUACUAUAUUUUCUUGUCUAGUAUAUAUGAACUGUUUCAUUCAAAUGCAAUUUCGAAUUUCUCUGUAAUUGUAAAUACGAAAGGCUUUCUUACUACAAAUCUUGAUAUUUUAUUAUUUGAUUACAAUGCAAAUUAUUGCGAACAUUUUAAACAAGAGUGGAAUACUGAAUUAAAGAUAUGCUGCAAAUUA